AAAUUUAAUGAAAGAGAUUUAAUUAAUAAUAAAAGAAGUAAUUAUACAAAAAAUUAAGAGUAUUUAAUCAAAAUAAUAUAGUUUGCUAUAUAAAAAACUAGAAGAGAGUUUAAAAGAAGUAAGAGAGGAGAGCAUUUUUUAAGGCUCAUGUACUUUCGAGCAGGAUUAUGUAUUAUUUUCAUCUUCUUAAUCCAAAUCACAACGAUUCUUAUCUUUUCUCUUAAUGUGUGGCAAGAGGAUCUCAAUAUAUCUCAUGAAACAAUUAAAUAAUACAGAAUAUGACUUUUUUAUUUAUGGUUCCUUUAUGUUUCUAAAAAGGGAGAUAGGAGGAGAAAAACCUCCUUUCCUCUAAAAUACUAACCGGAUCACUCACUUUUGAAAUUCGCAAUUAAAAAUUUUGAAUA